AUGCCUAACUCAGAGGCUGCAUCCGGGCCUCAGGGAUCGGGUUACCGCGGGGGCGUGCGAAUGUCAAGGAACCCGGGGCGUCCGCAGCCGCCACGCAGCCUCCGGCCGAUGCCGCCGCCGCGGCGUUCAGCGCCAAAGUCAGUCGCACUCGCCAUGUCUGCGCGAGCACCCGCAUCCGCGCGCGCUAUAUGUCUGCUCGUAGCACUCGCUACCAUCGUAUACGUCAACGGCGGUGAUAUCUCGUGCAUCAGAGACGGACUCUACGCGGACUACGACACAGAAUGUCGAGUAUACAUGAAAUGCAGCGGUGGCGCUAUAAAGGGGCGCUACUCAUGCCCCCCGGGACGAGCCUUCAGCGAGGCGGCGAGCGCGUGCGUACCCCGACGUCGACAACCCUGUGUACGCCGAGUGUGUGCAAUGGGGGAUAAUAUCGCAUACGCAACGCCCGGCACGGCGUGCCGACAUUACUACCGCUGCGAGAACGGCACAGCCAUCGACCACUCCUGUCCCUCGGGCGCAUGGUUCGAUCUGGUCCUACAAUCAUGCACGCGCGGCGCAGGCACGUGCUACGAACCGGUAUGCGCCGGCCUACCUGAUGGCACCUACCCAGAUUCGUCACAUCAGUGCAGACGAACACUACAGUGCAGCGGUGCCGAGCUGCGUGGUGUCACAUCGUGCACUGGCAGUCCUUGCGUUGAAACUUGCCCGCCUGCACGCUCCACUUCUAUACCUCUACCGGCCGGUGACGCAGACUUUUGCUCCGACGAUGUGUGCUCCUCACUAUGCCAAAAUGUUGAAAAUGGAGCUUACGCGGACCGGUCCACCGCUUGCCGGGAAUACUUCGUGUGCGAAUCGAAGCGGGUCGUUCGCCGCGGCGUAUGCGAGACAGGUCAGAUCUUCUCCAACGGCGGCUGUGUGCCGGUGUCCGAGGCAUUUUGCCCGCCACCCGCGCGCAGCCCAUGCUUUAACCGCCCCGAUGGCCUACACCGUGACUGGCGUGACUGUUCUUCGUGGUUCAACUGCCAUCGUGAAAGAGUGAUUGCUCGAGGAUCUUGUGAUGUUGGGUUGGUAUUCGAUAGCAAUGCUUGCGUCCCGAAAGAAGCAUUUUCUUGUGAAGGACCAGAACCAAAUAUCGACUGCGAGGGACUUCCAAGUGGUACUUAUCAGGAUUUUGAAUCUAACUGUACGCGAUAUUUUCACUGUGAAGGACCACUAAAGAUAAAGUUAACGUGUCCUUCGGGCCAAGUGUUCGACGGUCGGAGAUGUGUCGACGAUACGCGAUACCUCUGUCCCAGCUUGGAACGGGACUCGUGCUACGGCCGACCUGAUGGUCGGUAUCGUGCGCUAGACACUGGGUGCCGCGGGUAUUACGCAUGUUACAAGGGAGAGAAGGCGGUGUACGCGUGUGAGGCAGGGAAAGUGUUCGACGGCGAGUCAUGCGUGCCGGCGAAACCAGGACUCUGCCCUGUGGAAGACCACUCCUGCCUUUCUUUAACGAACGGUUAUCACCCUGAAAUCGAGACGGGUUGUCAUAGAUAUUUUUACUGCGAAGGCGGUGACAGACUGGUAACUCUGUCUUGUCUCGGCGGAAAGAUCUUCGACGGCCGCACCUGUGUAGAGCCACGACAUCUGCAGUGCGCCGCUAUGCGACGGGUAAAGACAGAAGCCAACAACUGCGAACAAGGUGGCUUUUUCACCGUACCAAAUACAGGGUGCAAAAGUUACUACUUCUGCGUGACCGGUAUGCAAACCACUCUCACUUGCCCGGACGAGCAAAUCUUCAAUGGACAGAUUUGUGUGCCAAAAAGCUUAUUCCAGUGCCCUGGUUGAAAUACAAAGCUAAUGGACGUCCUAUACGCAUUUUGAGCUUGUUAUUCGAAAAAAUAUUGCAAAACCGAAUAUGUAUAUAAUACGCCUCAUAUCUACAUUGAUUAUUGAGACUUAAAAUAGCUCUAUAUUAAAACGAUACAAAAACGAUAGUAAAACGGUUGACACAGUAUAAGAUUAAUUAGUCAGCACUCUUCAGUUACUGCGCCACUAUAAAACCUUAUUUCGUAUAAGAGAGAGAGAUUGUUUGCAUUUGCUUUACACCUCGUACAUAUGGCUUGGUACUAAUGGGUGAUUUUCAGGUUAGUUUUCUCUACCUAAUUUCGGUGGCAAUUUUUAUUAUUUAAAGGUUCUACAAUGUUAUGAUGAAGUAUUAUUGAAUAUU